UACAUUAGUAAUGCACGAAUCGCGAUAGGGUGACCUGUGUAGUGUACUCGUUGCACACAGUACAUGUAUGUGCAGUGUACUAUGACCGCGUGUGCUUUCAUACAAGCUUUUUUUGUGUGGUGGGGGAAUAACUGCACACGCACGCAGGCGACCCUAGGUUAUUUCGUCUGUGGUUAUUUUUGACCGCGGUCAAAAUGGCGUCUAGUCGCGCGGGAAAGGAGUCUCUUUUGUCGGACACUAAGCAAGUUUUCCCAGUCAGCGUCCAUGCAAGUGGCGGUGGGAAUGGUGACCGGACCAUCCCGGAUGAGACUGGUAACAUGGGAGGACGGAUGGGGUACAGUUUAAGAGAGGACCGCAAGCGUUCCUUCGCCGAGUUUGACGGCGCCGAAUCGGACCAUUAUCCGUACUCGGAGGAGGAAGGUGCCGGUGUGAGCCCGGCCCCGGAAUGUUCGACCCGCGCUGUGCCCUCCCUCCUGGAUUUCAGCGUCCUAAGCGAGGAAAGACCGGCCAAGCCUCGGGUCCGCAACUGGACACAUCCCGAGACCAAGACCUUGCUGGCCAUCUGGGGCGAUCCGGAGGUGCAGGUUCAUCUCAAAAGCGCUGUGCACAAUAACUGGAUCUGGGAGCGGAUUAGCGUGCUGCUCGGGCGGCGGCACGGGGAGUUCCAGCCGCCGCGUACGGCGGCGCAGUGCAAGGAGAGGCUGACCUAUCUCCGGAAGCAGUACCGGAAGACUGCUAGACUGAGGGCACGCGGCAAGUGGCCCAACGUGGGAAACAUACAGAUUUACCUGGAUGAAAUACAUACCAUUCUAGGAAAACGAACUCCAGCCAGCGCGAGGUCCACAGCGCCCUCAUCGGCGGCCCCGUCCACCACGUCCAGAGCCACAACCUCGGACCCGACGUUCCAGCCGUCCUCCACCGCGCACCAGACCCCGGCGGCUCCUCCGCAGCAAAUACCUGCCCCAUCCCUGCCGGAGGUGCCGGAGAGCGACUACGAAGAGAACGAGGAUGAGGAGGAUGGGGACCUCGAGGAAACCGAAGAAAAUGACAUACGGGACCUCUUCGCUCAGAACCAGACUCAAGGCCAGGAGAUGAAUUAUUCAGCCGGGAUGUCAGAAAACAACGAUCCCACCUACGAUCCCACCGCUGCCACCAACUCGGCCAAGCCAAGCAAGAGAGUGGCCUCCUCGCACAACCAACAGCAGCACAACUCGAAGAAAUCCCGCGGCCGUCCAAAGAGCGGCGCACCUCCGCCCAGGGACGAUUUGACUGUAGCCCAGGCCAUCACAGACGCUGUCAUGCGCUUCAUCGACCACCAGUCCCACCACCUGACAGAGCAGACCAAGCUCCUGCAGCGAUACCUCAAGUUCGAACGGGCCCGGAUGCGCUGGGAGAUGGACAUGGAGACACGAAGGAUGAAAUGGGAGGAGGAGCGGGAGAUGAGGGAAGAGGAAAGGCGGCAGAGACAGGAGGAGCUACAAGCCAAGCGAGUCUCGGACAACAGGGAGUUCAUGCUUCAGAUGGCUGUUGUCUUGGGGAACGAAGCAGCAACUGGGACUAGCCAGGACAGAGACAGUACUGAGAACUGAUAGCUGAUAGAAUCCCGUGCUCCCACCUGCCAUCUCAUUGGAUCUCAAUCGGAGUUGUGAUCCGUGCAGCCAGUCACAAGUCAGUCAUGAGAUCGCAAGUCAGGUGUUGAAAUCAAUAAUCGAGUCAUGAUGUAACAGUGCAUGAACGAUGACUUUGUUACAGUAAAUCUGAAUAGCUUGCGACUUGACUUGAGUCCGAUUGACUUGUGGUAACCUGUGACAUCUUUAUUGCAACUCAACAUACUCAAAAUGAAGCAGAACUACCUAGAACCGUUGCAUAACAGUAUUAGGACGGAUCCACAACAUAAUAGUCUCGUUGUACUUGCCAGUCAGCCAUUUUCGGUUUAUUUUAAUAUUUUUUACUUUCCGUUUUUUAUCACAUUCUCCUCCCCCAAUACACGACCUUUGACCCCUUUAGUGCCUGAAGGCUGAUGAGAUGUAGGACGCUUUGACAUGGUCUAAGUAAGUUCGCAAGAUUUAACUCUUGCCAAAUAUGGUGCUGCAUUUUCUGUCAGGAGCCUUGCUCAUUCAGAUGCAAAAGCAUACGAAGUCAUGUGAUGGUUUUGCUCGGCACCUAAAUUUGCUGAGCCGUAUUUGUUUACUUUGCAGCUUUAUGGUACUGUGCUUGCGGGUCUUGUUCCUGAAGAUUAUGCGAAUAGCAAAACGAAGGUCGUUUUCCCUGCAGUGGGUUGUUACUCAAUUCAAGCAAAGGGUAGAAGUGACUUAAUUUUGAUAUCCAACACAGUAAAGGAAAACCAAAAUUGGGCAAAUACCCGUUUAAAGAGUUUGUAAUACAUCUUUGUACUUCUUCUUGUAUUAUUGUGCCCAUCGUGUUCGUUGAAUAAACAGCCGCGUUUUAAUAA